AAGCCUUCGGAAAUAGAAACAAAGUUGGUUACAAAUCACACUGGCUUUGCCCGAAGGUUUCCCCCCCAACCCCUCCCACUCUUCUUUAGCAUGCUGCCCAUGGGGACGGUGACCACUGCUGUCAGAGCGGUAGGUCGGGGUGGUUCGGUGGCGAGGGAGAAGCUGUAACUUCUACGUGACCAUGGUACCUGUUGAAAACACAGAGGGCCCCAAUCUGCUGAACCAGAAGGGGAGAGAGGCGGAGACCGAUGGCAGCUGUGGAGCCAGCGGCGGCCGGCAUCCUGCCUGCGCGGGAGGUUGCAGCAUGUUUACCUUCCUGACAUCUGUCACUGCAGCCAUCAGCGGCCUCCUGGUGGGUUAUGAACUUGGACUCAUCUCUGGAGCCCUCCUUCAGAUCAGAACCCUAUUAGCCUUGACCUGCCAUGAGCAGGAAAUGGUUGUGAGCUCUCUCCUCAUUGGGGCCUUCCUGGCCUCUCUCACUGGAGGUGUGCUGAUAGACAGGUAUGGAAGAAGGCUCACCAUCAUGCUGUCAUCCUGUCUUCUAGGACUCGGAAGCUUGGUCUUGAUAAUGAGUUUGUCCUACAUGGUUCUCAUCAUGGGCCGCAUCGCUAUAGGGGUUUCCAUUUCCUUGUCAUCCAUUGCCACGUGCGUGUACAUUGCAGAGAUCGCUCCCCAACACAGAAGAGGCCUUCUCGUGUCCCUGAACGAGCUGAUGAUUGUCAUCGGAAUCCUUUUUGCCUAUAUUUCAAAUUAUGCAUUUGCCAAUGUCUCCAAUGGUUGGAAGUAUAUGUUUGGACUUGUGAUUCCCUUGGGGCUUUUGCAAGCAAUUGCAAUGUACUUUCUUCCUCCCAGCCCUCGGUUUCUGGUGAUGAAAGGACAGGAGGAGGCUGCUGGCAAAGUUCUCAGGAAGCUAAGAGUGAUCUCAGACACCACGGAAGAGCUCACUUUGAUCAAAUCUUCCUUGAAAGAUGAGUAUCAGUAUAGUUUCUGGGACCUGUUUCGCUCCAAGGACAACAUGAGGACACGAAUCAUGAUAGGCCUGACGCUGGUAUUUUUUGUACAAACCACUGGCCAGCCAAACAUACUAUUCUAUGCAUCAACUGUCUUGAAGUCUGUUGGCUUCCAAAGCAAUGAGGCAGCUAGUCUCGCCUCCACUGGAGUUGGAGUGGUCAAGGUGGUUAGCACCAUCCCAGCAACCCUCCUUGUGGACCAUGUUGGUAGCAAAACCUUCCUCUGCAUUGGCUCCUCCGUGAUGGCUGCUUCGUUGUUGACCAUGGGCGUUGUGAAUCUCAACAUCAACAUGAGUCUCACCAAUAUCUGCAGAAGCCAUAGUCCUCUUAAUCAGUCUCUGGGGGAGCCUGUAUUCUAUGCAAUAGGGAACCUGUCAACUAGCAACAGCAGUCUCAGGGAACACGUUAAAGGAGUCACUCCCCACAGCAGGGGCUCAUUUGUGCCCAUGGAAAAUGGCAUGGAGCAGAAAGGGGAGUUGACCAUCACAUCUUUACCAAAUGCUGGACUGAGCCAAACUGAACACCAGAUAGCCACAGACCCUGCAGUUGUCCCGGCUGCUUACAAAUGGCUGUCCUUGGCCAGCUUGCUUGUUUAUGUUGCUGCUUUUUCAAUUGGUCUAGGACCCAUGCCCUGGCUGUUGCUCAGUGAGAUCUUUCCUGGUGGAAUCAGAGGCCGGGCCAUGGCCCUGACCUCUAGCAUGAACUGGGGCAUCAAUCUUCUCAUCUCUUUGACAUUUCUGACGGUGACUGAUCUUAUUGGCUUGUCGUGGGUAUGCUUCAUAUAUACAAUCAUGAGUCUUGCGUCCCUGGUUUUUGUUGUUUUGUUUAUACCUGAGACUAAGGGAUGCUCUUUGGAACAAAUAUCAAUGGAGCUAGCAAAAGCGAACUAUGUGAAAAACAACAUUUGUUUUAUGAGUCAUCACCAAGAAGAAUUAGUGCCAACCCCGCUUCAAAAAAGAAAGCCCCAAGAGCAGCUCCCAGAGUGUAAAAAGCUGUGUGGAAGGGGGCAGCUACAGCAGCCUUCUCCAGCGACCUAAGGGGCUCAAAUCUCUACAUAUGGUGCGAUGGCAGGACUUACAUGGGGUUUCUGGACAACUUACAUGGACACCCUGAAACUAGAAAGACAGCCUUUACUUCUUUUCCCAAAAUGGGACCUUUGCCAGAAGGCAGACGAGGCACCACCAAUGCCCUAAUGUGUCAGGUAAAACAGAAUCCUGGCAGAUUUAAAUCUUCUACCUUCUCUUCGGUGCAGCCUUUGAAAGACUGGGUUACGGUAACAAGGCCAGCCUCUACCUUAAGCUGUGUAAGAUGCCAGUCACAGCUCAAUACUUAGACACAGAGGUGUUCUGGGCAGGGACUUACCAUCUUUGCCUCUGUCAAAACACUGUGGAUGAUUCAAGUGCACCUAUGUUGUAGAUUAGGACUAUGGUGUCCUGCGUAAGACUUUAGAGACAACUCAAGUCCACCAAGUACCAAGUACUCCAGUACCAAGAUUACGCAGUUAGCACAUCACCCAUAAUGAAAUACUAGUUAAUCAAAAUAUUCUUUUAUCAAUUUUAUGACAAAUUUUUAACCAGUACCAAGAGUACACAGAUAGCACAUCACCCAUAAUGAAAUACUAGUUAAUCAAAAUAUUAUUUUAUAAAUUUUAUGUCAAAUUUAAAAACCUUUUUUUUCCAUUAUAAAAAUAUGAUGAGAAAAGUCGAUUUAAAAAUCCUGGGGCCAUAUUUACUUAGAAAUAGCUUAGUGAAUAUUAGGAAAGGAGCCCGUCAUAAGGUUAUCACUCAUCCAGAUCUCCAAGCGGUUAGGUUUAAGUGAUAAGGUCAAAUCUAUACAAAGUAUGGCCUGGGAAGGCCUUUGUGGUAACCGGUAGCAAUCCACAACCUCCUGCCAUUCCUCCCAUCUCUCAGGAAUCACUCCCCUUGGGCUCCAGCAGACUGCCUCUCAUUACUCACUUUCUGAUGAAUGCAGACAGAAUAAAUGACACAGACAUCAGGACAGGUCUGUCUCUCCUGUGAUGGACAGUGAGGAGUCAUACCAGUAGGGUGGGUUUUACCCACAGGAUGCAUUUCUCUGGCCCAUUUUUCCAGCUGAAUUUUAAGAUUCGACAAAACAUUUCACCAGCAGAAUUUUCAUAUAUGGUAGGAAAAUCUGUGAUAAAGAAUCUUGAAUCACUUAAUAAACUAUGGAAGGUACAUAAAAAAAUUACCCUUCAGGUACAAACAGCUUAACUUGAAAAAUAAUUCAAAGAAAUAUUACCCCCCCCAAAAAAGAGCUCAAAUCCCUUAAUUUGGGAUCUUCUCCUUUUCACUACCAAAUGGUCCCAGUCUGAGAGGGGUACAUGGCCCAUCACACUGCCUUCUAGCAAAGCGGAAAGACAGUGAGCCUACACAGCAGCAGAGAGAGCAGCCCUCAGCCUCAGGAGCAUGGCGGAGCCUCGUUCUCAAGUGGAUCAUAUAAAUUAAAGGUGGCAGGGGAGGCUGUGAGGGAGGUUGGUAUAUGUCUUGAUUCUGUCGUGAUGUAUCGCACCAUCAAGUAAGGAUGUGUGCUGUUUUCUGUUUGUUGUGGGGAGGGCGAGGUGUGUACUGCACAGCAGUGCUGUUUAUCAUGUGUCUCUGGGAUCACACCAAGUUUAAAAAAAAGAAACAAAACAAAACUCAAGGCAAGUUAUCAACCUGAGCUUUUUCUUUUCUCUUUCGCCCCCCAAGUAUUAGAUUAAGAUAUUUAAAAAAUUGUUAAAUGAUUCGAUCUUAAACAUAUAUGGACACACAUUUGACUAUCUCGUAUACCUUGUGAAUGGGCAAGAAACAAGCAGCUUAUUACGAAUGACUUCAAUGUAAGUAUCCUAAACGUUCUAAUGUUAUUACCCCAAGUAUGGAACUCAACACUUUGUUUUCAAAAUAAUUUUUUUAACCCAGUAUUAGCCCGACCUCACCCCCGACACAUGAAGCCUUUGAUUUUUAAAAAAUAAAAGGGGGGAUACUUAAAA